AUGUGGUCACCAGAAGUUCGCAAGUUUGUCUACGAGGAGAACUCGACGGCAACAUCGGAGAGCUCCGAGCUCCGAGCGUCGCGAGGAUCUGAGAAUCAAUGCACCUCCAUGGCGAACACGCUGGUUGUGUAUGCGCGGCUUUACUACGAAAGCUUCCAGACGUUCCGUGUCGAUCCCUACGGCCUGACUUACCAGCAAGGAGCGGGUCUCUUCGUGAACGCGAAGAUCGGCGACUUGCUAGGGUACUAUGCCGGAUAUGAAGAUCCAAUAUCGGCGUACCUGCUUCCACGGAAAGUCUCGUGGAACGUGGUCCGGUCCAAGACACAAGUAGAGGUGACGGCUGCCAUGCGGGCUGGCUAUGCCGAUGCGCAGAACGGCUUGCUCAAUGCCGGCCCGCUUGGCCGGUCCAUCGUGGUGUCGAACGGCCUGGAGGACUUGGGGUCCUACACCAAGUAUCAGGGCCGGCGCUACGUGACCGAGUUCGAUUGGCAAGGCUGCCGUCCGCUAGGCGAAGGGGGGCAGGUUGUCGUGCCACCUGACGGACCGUAUCCGCCACAGUGCUAUGGAGGUAAUCCCCUGCAAGUACGCGGCUCACGCGGGGAGCAGGUGAAGCCACAGGUUUGGUCUUUACAGACCGGCGUCCAGGAGAGCCUUGACAUGUUUGCGAAGACGCUCAUGCGACCGGUGCGGUAUUCUUUCAUCGAAGACUUCGAGCUUCCUGCCUCCAACAACGACGUCGUUCAAGUCAGGCGGUAUGAGCUCAACGAAGAAGGCCUUCGCCAGGCGCGACUGGCCUUCAACUGCGAUGCGGUCUUCAAAUCCAUGUCAGAGUCCGGCGUCCUCAACCGCGGUUCUGACUGCGACGUUUUGCCCGGGAUGUUUGAUCUCACGGCAGCCUCCAACAACAUCCCGUACGUCUGGUCUUUGCCUCAUUUCUAUCUCGUCGAAGCACAGGACAGCACGCAGCACCCGCGGAACAACCUCAUUGGCUUUGUCACGCCGACGGGCCCUAGGUAUCGCAACAUGGUUGUUGUGGAGCGCGAGUCUGGAAGAGUUCUGCAGAGCAUGCUGAAGGAACAGAUCUCGGUUCGCUUGUACAAGGACAACCGAAAUUACUUCUUCACGAAGCACAAGUCCAUCGCGGUGCCUCUGUACUGGAGGAUGGACACCAAAAAUGCAACAGUGGCUGAGCGACAGCUGCUGAGCUCACUGCAGAGCACCUUCCGUGGCCUGGAUGCUGGCUUCUUCGCAUGCAUGAUCCUGGGGGGCGUCUGCUUGUUGGCCGCGCUCUUCGUUGGAAUGCUCCUGUAUCGCGACAACUCCAUCCAGAGUGUGCGCGAGAAGCGCAAGCGAAUCCAGGCGGACCUUGCCGCAGCGAUCCCGCCGGAUUCACGCGAAGAUCGGGACGAUGAUGAGCCUGGCGAGAACGAUGACCUGAUGUGA